CAUGACUUGACUUUACGAUAUAUGUUCAGCUUCGCGCGGCGCGCGCAACUGUCCCAAUCGACUCUGUAGCUCCAUGGUCUAGCUCAAAAUGUCCUCAUUUUCUCGAAAUCCUCCUGGCCAUGAUCGAAAGCCAUCUGCCACCACUGGCUCGACGCGACAGCGGGGCGCGCAAUCGACCCUGGAAACACGGAACAGCAUACGGACUACCAAAGAAUCUGCAACUGCAUCAGUUGCGGAACGUAGGACAGAACGUAGUCAAGUUACGACAACCAGGCAGACAGUCGCAGUCCGUACCGCUCGAAGUCCUCUCAAGCCGGCCAACGACAAUCGCCCAAAUGCGAGAAAGAGCAAGGACAUGGGGAAGCCAUCUAAGCUUGUGGAUCCAAUUUCGAUGUCUACACAGACACAUGAAGAAGAACCCAUGGGUAUAAUAGAAUCCUCUCCGCUACAUAUACAAGAUGUUAAUGCUAUGUAAGCUCUACCGUGGGACCCCAAGGUAUCUAUUAUCCCGCAUAAUUCUGCUCCCCUCGGCGCU